CGAAACGCAGCCGUUCCAUGCCCGGAAGCGAAAAGGGCUUCCGCCAACCUGGAGAGCUUCCGAUGCCAAGCCCAAAGCAAAUGAACCUAUUGCCUUAGCACUUCCAAUCGACGUGCUGCCAUUACGCAGAGAACAGCUAUUGCUCGACAGACCACAACACCUUCCGACGUAGAGAGCAGACGAGUGCAGUUUGACUGGCGGGUACCCGGUCUCUGCAUUGAGGAGGUUCUCGUCUACAAGUGCGCCUCGGUGCGCCUUUGUCCUCCAGCCAUGUCGACCAUCUCUCCUCACGUCAAGACCGUCCGGUCUCUUUACCGACGCUCAUUGAGGCUAGCUCUUGACUGGGCCGUGCAGCGAAGUCUCUGGCGUGGACAAGCAGUCUACAUCCGUUCCCUCUUCGAUGCCAACAGAAGCGUAACCGACCCAAGACACCAAAGAGUACUAUUCACGGAGACGGAGAAAUUAUUAGCAAAAUGGAAGCACCCUGAUCCAUAUAGACCACCAACGGCUCCAGGAGGUUCCAAAUUCGAGAGAAACCUCCCGGCGCCAGAUCUGCCACCACCAUCCAGAGAGUUUGUAAAGAGGUUAUGAGGAUCCAUGCGCAUAUCGAAGUUUAGCAUUGUACAUAUUGUCAUUAGUGGAUCAGGCCUUUUGAUGCAGACCCUGAGGCAAUGGAAAGGCCUUACUUGAUCACCCUGUGAUCUGGUUCUUUGCGCAGAGCUCUUCCCAGAGCGUUGCCUUCUGUCAGCUUUGACGUUUCUGGACUUGCUGCCUGAACAAUCCGUCAAUUCGAAUCCUCAAUGUCCAGGUUCUUGUACUGUUUGGAAAGGACUGAUCUUGCCGCGCAACGCUCGCACUAGUGGAACUACAUUACGGCCGCUGACACGCGCUUCCGCAAUGUUUUGACCUGAUUACGCGAUGCUUCACCUAAACUGGGAGAAAGACUCAGGAGUCUUGCAAGCACAAUAGGAAACGAACAAAAUGUUUGGUGAUGAUUUGCCAUUGUCUGUGGAUCAUGAAUUUGCUCUUCAUCAACACAGCUUUCGUUGCAAAGCU